AUACAUAUAUAUACCUAAUACUGCUGCUCCCGCUGCCACCUGCUCGACCCACCGCCUCCCCGUGUGGUGUCUCUUCGGAGAGCCGCCCCCGAGCAGCCUCAGGGUGGCUUGGCUGGCACCCUCUCUCUCUCUCUCUCUAGUGGGAGAUACAUUACUACAAACUGGGCGCAACGGGGCUGCGUCACAAGUGCAAGGAAACGUGGGAGGGGCUACGUAAGGGCCCGUCACAGAACAAAGCUUGCGCCCGGCGAGAGUAUUAUUCACUUUCCUGUCAUCCAUGGAACCGGGAGGACACGGCAAUCGGCUCGACUACGAGGACAUGUUCAAGGAGAUCACGCGCAAAUUGUACGGCGAGGAUCUCGAGAACCGCACGUCAAAUGUCCAGAACGAGUUCGAGACAUCGGUGUCGUACAAGGCCGAGGAUGAGGUGGUGGGCCACCCCGGGGACACCGGCGAGGAGGGCAGCUGGACCCUCGGGGAUGAGCCGCUCAAGGGCACCGAGGGCAGCCGCAUAGCCGCCUACCGGGCGACCACCGCGAGCUGGCGCUGUUACGAGUGCGGCGACCAUAUAAACAGCAGCCCGCGCGAAGUGGCCGAGCAUUUCGUUAGUUUGCACCAGUCACGCAUCUCCGACGAGGACAGCGGCCGGGCCUUGCAAAAUAUCACCAAUUAUUUGGAGCAGGUGAGGGACACGGCUACGGGCGCGGCAGUGUUACCACCGGCACGGCGCACUCAGGAGACGCAGACGGUGCCCGCGACGAUACUGCCAGUCGCUCAGGCGAUUUUUCUCCAAGAGUUGCCCCCAGCGUACACUCACUUGCCAAACAUCAAUAAUCAGCAGAGCAACGUCAACAAUAACAACAACGACAGCAACAACAGCCACAACAACAACAACAACAACAACAACAACAACAACAACAACAACGGCAACAACAACAACAACAACAGUAGCAGCAGCUCGAUGCAGCUGGAGAGCGGGAGUACGUGCUCGGUUGGUAGCGGGAGUCUGGGCGACGAGGAGGCCGAUGGUGGUGACGGUGGCAUCGUUGCGAGCGUCAACGGCGGGCCCAGGAGAAACGGGAGGCGCAGCGGGAGGCGAAAGAGCGGCCGGGGCGCGGGCCAGGCCGACUACGCGAGCAUGAAGUACGUGUGCGAGGUGUGCGGCUACGGCGCGGACAGGCGGGAUCUCUUCAGGCGCCACGAGUACAUACACAAAGACGAGAAGCCCUUUCACUGCUACGUAUGCCUCAAGGUCUUCACCCGGGCCGAUCACGUCAAGAAGCACUUUCUCAGGAUACACAAGGAUAUCACGUACAACUCGUCCCGGAUUCGCGUGACCCCGAGCUCCGAGACCAACGCCGGCAGCCCCAGCCCGUGCUCGAGCAACUCCAGCCCAAGGACGUCGACGGCGUCCAGUCCGCCGAUCGCCAACGGCACCGCCAACCCGUACAUGAACGGCGACGUGUACCCGAAGCCGCCCCAGCAGCCCCAAGUCCAGAUGAGCCUACCGGCUCCGAGCUACAACCAUCACCAGCAGCAGCAGCAGCUACAGGCUCCGACGCCCGCCCUCGCCGCCGCCAUGUACCUGAACCCGGCGGCCGUCGCCGCUGCCUCUGCCGCUGCUGCGGUCAUGCAACAGCACCAACAGCUACAACAACAGCAACAACAACACCAACAGCAACAACAGUUGCAACAGCAGUCGAACGAUGUCGUGCAGAUGUCCGCGCAAACCAGUUCCGGCAAGAUCCGGAGCUCCAAGGGCAAAAAAAAGAUGAACAAGGAAGACCACAGAUACCAUUGUACCGAGUGCUCGUGGUCCGCGGACGCCCAAUGGGACCUGGACCGGCACAUAAAGACCCACACCAAGCCGUACAGGUGCACCGCGUGCGAGUACAGGGCGGCCAGGCCCGAGAGACUCGCCCAGCACACCCUCAAGGUGCACAACCAAAACCAAUGCACGCGCUGCUUCUCCAUUACCGAAAAUUUUGAGCAACUCCAGGUCCAUCAGCAGAGGUGUUCCGCCAAUCGCAACUCCAGGUCCGCCGUCCCGGUCAACCAGGACCGUCAACAGAUGCAGCAGAACCAAACCAACGAGCCCCACCUCCUUCCUCUGGCCAUGCACUCCGUAGGUGACAGCGCCACGAGCACAAUCAUAGGGGGUGGUCGAGCUCCUCCCGGACCACCGGUAUUCCCAGCCUCGUCGGCAGUAAUGGAACCGGCACUGGAACCCCCGAUGAUGGCACCACCGCCUACGACACUGUCCGGACCUAUUAGGUGGAAAAAAAUGAACCGCCACACGGCCAACGGUCACCCGAGCUGGGGCAACAGGCGAAAGAGCAAAAUGCCCCACCGAAGCGAGAGUAGCGCGAACGCGCCUAGCCGCGUGUUCGAGGAUAAAUUCGGAAUUUGGGGGGACGACUCGAACAGCCUGCCCGACGACUCGGACGAGCCCCUGGAACGUGGGAGUGGCGGUGAGGAGGUGAGCCACGGCUACGCUCAGUGGAUGGAGUAUCGUGGUUACUACUCGAGCGGGGCCCUGGACCAUCGGGUCACGAUGACCAGCCAGGAAUUAAAAGCGGAAGAAAAGGAAAACGAAGCUGUGGACACGUACCAGCCUGUCCCUGUUCACAAUACCAAAGUCAAUUCAAGUCACGCAAUAGCACGCCAAUCCCUCCGAUUGCUGUCUUAACUUCACUACAAUUAUUAUUAUUUUUAUUUUUAUUACUAUUACUAUUAUUAUCAUGACCCAGAGGCCGACGACAGUCAAACAUUCCACCGCGUUAUUGUUUUUCGUACAAACUUCUUUUUCUUUUCUUUUUUCAACGCUGGAGCUCUCACGGUCGCGUUGCAUGCCAAUGCUCAAGGGUAUAUAUUUUUUUUUCUUCAAGUUCUACAUCGACCCCAUAUUUUUGCGAUUCGCUGUAAGAUUAGAGGCACUUAAGUAACAUGGCUGUUAUUGUCACCGAACAAUGAUUGUGAUUCAACAAAUUUUGAGUAUUUGAGGUUACCAUAUAGUUUAUUUAGCGUAUAAGGAAACGAGAAUGACGUCGUUUCAACUGAGAGUAUUUCUGUUGUCACGUAAUCAUGUGUACGAACAAAAGUGUCAUUUUAUUAUUAUUUUCUCUUUUCUAUUUUUUUUUUCCCCUCAGUUGCCAUUUGAAACACCAUCUCAGAGUGUUUAAGAACUUUUUGUACAUAACAAAAGUGAGAGAUUAUUAUCGAUCAUUAUUAGC